AUGUUUAGACAGACGCUAUUGACAAGUCGCUUAGGGCUAUUCAAGCAUGGGUCUUCCUUUACAAAUAGAGGAUUUUCUUACUUUACGCUGCUAAGGCCGAAGCGUAGGUUUACUAGCGGUAUUCUGAUGGAACAACUUGCUUUGAAAUUGGAUUCGGAACUAGGAUUUGUGAACCAGGUAUUAGGUGAAACAACUCCGAAUAAAGAUUAUGAACAUGCUUUACGCUCGUUUACUAUUCACGAAAACCCUCUACGGAAUUACAUUGCGGCUACCAAGGAACUGGAGAAUGAAAGAAUACGAAUCACAGUACCUGUUUACAGUGCGAGGGCUUCUUAUACUGACAAAAAUAAUGUGGAGCAGACAGAGGAAGAAGAAAAAAGUGAUGGCCUAGAUGAGUUAGGUUACUUUCAACAGUCUAUACCUACUUAUGUACAAAUAACUAAAGAUGAGGGAACUAUGAUUUGUUCACUUAUCUUAAAUAAAGAUGAGAUUAUCUUCGAUAGUCUCUUAUUUGAUCAAAACAAAGACUCAUCCUUUGCCUCCGCUGAUCUUGCUCUUGCGUUGAGAAAGAGUUCUAGAUAUCGUGGACGCAAGGCGAAAAAACUUCCUAAUGUAUUAAAGUCAUCUCUUAUAAAAUAUCUAGAAGAAAAGGAAAUUACAGCACAAGUCAUAAGGGCGUUAAUUUCAAGAAUCUGGCGUAAGGAAAACCUUUCAUACAAAACAUGGCUAGAAGAUAUUUUACACUAUAUUUUAUUUCAAAAAUCUUCAAAUUCGACAAGCUAG